AUGUACGUUUUACCUCAAUUUCAUGAUAGUGUCUCAUGGACAAUAAACAAUAAUUCAAAUGAAACAUUAACAUCAUUGAUACAAGACAUUAAUAUUAAUGAACAAUCACGACCAUUAAUUUUUACUAUUUUAAUUGCGUUUUGUUUAUCAAUUAUUAUACUUUUAACUAUACUUGGUAAUAUACUCGUUUUAAUUGCAAUAGGUAUUGAUUUUGCUCUUCGUUCACCAACUCAUUUAUUAAUGGGUAAUUUGGCAUGUGCUGAUCUUUUACUAGGUAUAACAGUUUUACCAUUUUCUGGUACACUCGAAGUUCUUAAUGGUCGAUGGCUAUUUGGUCGAACAUUUUGUCAUAUAUGGUUAGCUAUUGAUGUUCUCUAUUGUACAGCAAGUAUUUAUGGUUUAAUGUUUAUAUCUAUUGAACGUUAUAUUGGUGUAACACGUCCACUACGUUAUCCAAUUAUAAUUACACAUCGUCGUACAAUAUAUGCUAUACUUAUUGCAUGGAUAGUUGCUGCUCUUGUAUCAAUAGUACCAUUUUUAGGUUGGCAUAAUAAAGUUAAAUCAAUUGAUCAUGCUUGUGAAGUUAAUGAUGAGUUAUUUUAUGUUUUAUUUUCAUGUUCAUUUUCAUUUUAUAUACCACUUAUUAUUAUUCUUUGUGUUUAUGGACGAAUCUAUAGCGAAGCUAAUCGACAAUAUCAAUUUUUAACUGGUGGAAAAAAAGAAGUUCAUUUAAAACAAAUGCUUGGACAAGAAACUGUUACAUUACGUAUACAUUUACCAAGACAAAUAUCAUCAUCAUCAACAAUAUCAAAUGGUCAUUUAGAACAAUCAACAUCUCAUGGAAAAACCUUAGCAACACAAAUAUCAUCAUCUGGUACAAGUAAAUUUUCAAGAAUGAAACGAGAACGAAAAGCUGCAAAAACAUUAGGAAUUGUUGUUGGAAUGUUUAUAUUAUGUUGGUCACCAUUUUUUCUUCUAUUACCCAUUAAGGCAUUGACAUCCACUGAUCCGGGUGUAUUUUUUUCAAUUUGUUUUUGGUUAGGUUAUUGUAAUUCAUGUUUUAAUCCAUUUAUAUAUGCAUUCUCUAGUCGAGAAUUUCGACGAGCAUUUAAAUCAAUUUUAAAAUGUCAAAGUAUAAAACAACAUAAACGAUCGACAAAUUUUUAUCGAAUAUCAUCUUCGACAGCAGAUCAAAAUCGUAGAAAACGAUAUAAUAGUUGGAAUAAAAGUGGUCGUCAUUCAACAGUUAAAUCAUCAUCAAUAAAAAAGCAUCGAACAUUCAACGAUAAUCAAUAUCAUUUAAUAAAUCUAAAUUCUGUGCAUAAUUCUCGUCGUAUAUCCCGAAAUGAAUGUAUUAAAAAUACAACUAUUUCUAAAUCAGAAGCCACAUCCGAUGAUACAAGUCCAUGGCAUCUUCGAAAGUCAAUUAGUGUCAGAUCGUAA